AAGAAUGUCCUGCUCCAGCCUGUGUGCCCCUUCCUGUGGGGUGGCUGCCCCACACCCCCUGGCUGACACCACCAACGAGCCCUGCGUGCGUCAGUGCCAGAGCUCCUCGGUGGUGAUCCAGCCCCCAGCCACGGUGGUCACCUUCCCCGGACCCAUCCUCAGCUCCUUCCCUCAGCACAGCGUUGUGGGCUCAGCGGGAGUCCCUGCCGUUGCUGGGGGCUCUGGCGGCAGUUAUGGAGGCCGUGGUGGUUAUGGUGGUUAUGGUGGCUCUGGAGGCUAUGGAGGCCUUGGUGGCUAUGGGGGCUAUGGAGGCUAUGGAGGCUUCGGUGGCUGCGGAGGAUAUGGCGGCUGGGGCCGAGGCCUCAUGUCCUUUGGUGCCAGCUGUGGGAGCUGCUAAGCCUCACCUGGUGCCGGCCAGAGAUGACACAGAGCUCCA